GUAUCGAAUAUUGAUCCCCUCACCCCACCUCACCCACUAUAAAUACUAUUGUUUCUUUCUCUCAAAAAAAUAAAUUCCCCUCAUUUUAAUUUCUUGAAAUAUCUGCAAAAGUAUCAGAUCGAAUCAAAGGAAUAUCAUGCACCACCACUUUCGUUCCGUGUUUGUAAUGCAAUGCUUCUACUGGAGUCUUUAACUUCGAUAAAAUUCCCCGAAUAAGGUCUUUGUCUACUGGUUAAAACUCAAGGUGCACUGAAUGGGUUCCCAAUCAGUCAUAGAUAUGAUAGAGGCUUCUUCAGGAGUCCAUUUUUCUGGAUUUCACUUGGAUGGCAUAGAAUCUAGAAAAGCCGUUAUUGAGCAGCCAACGACCUCGACUACUGAAAGUGUUUACAAUCAACCUUUUGUCAUUGGAGUUGCCGGAGGUGCAGCAUCAGGAAAGACUACCGUCUGUGAUAUGAUCAUUCAGCAGCUUCAUGAUCAACGCGUGGUGGUUGUCAAUCAGGAUUCAUUUUAUCAUAAUUUGACGGAGGAGGAGCUUUCACGAGUACAUGAAUGCAACUUUGACCACCCCGAUGCAUUUGACACGGAAGAGUUGCUCCAUACCAUGGAUAAACUAAGGUGUGGGAAAGCAGUGGAUAUUCCAAAUUAUGAUUUCAAGAGUUACAAAAACAAUGUAUUUCCAGCUCGAAGGGUGAACCCAUCAGAUGUUAUUAUACUGGAAGGGAUACUUGUCUUCCAUGAUCCUCGUGUCCGUGGGCUCAUGAAUAUGAAGAUUUUUGUUGAUACAGAUGCUGAUGUACGGCUGGCAAGAAGAAUAAGGCGUGAUACAGCUGAGAAGAGUAGAGAUAUUGCCAUGGUACUUGAUCAGUACUCCAAAUUUGUGAAGCCUGCUUUUGAUGAUUUCAUACUUCCAACGAAGAAGUAUGCAGAUAUCAUAAUUCCCCGAGGAGGAGACAAUCAUGUUGCUGUUGAUCUAAUUGUGCAACAUAUUCGUACAAAACUUGGUCAACACGACCUCUGUAAAAUAUAUCCUAACCUUUAUGUUAUCCAGACUACCUUCCAGAUACGGGGCAUGCAUACUCUUAUUCGUGAUGCACAGACAACAAAACAUGACUUUGUUUUUUAUGCUGAUCGGUUGAUACGCUUGGUUGUUGAACAUGGACUAGGGCAUCUCCCUUUCACAGAAAAGCAGGUUAUCACUCCUACAGGCUCUGUAUAUACUGGUGUAGAUUUCUGCAAGAGGUUAUGUGGGGUGUCCAUUAUUAGAAGUGGUGAAAGCAUGGAGAACGCUUUACGGGCAUGCUGUAAGGGAAUCAAGAUUGGCAAAAUUCUGAUACAUAGAGAAGGUGACAAUGGGCAGCAACUAAUAUAUGAAAAGCUACCACAAGAUAUUGCGGAUCGACAUGUAUUGCUCUUGGAUCCAAUUCUGGGAACAGGAAAUUCUGCUGUUCAAGCCAUAUCUUUACUCAUAAAGAAGGGUGUGCCAGAAGGGAACAUUAUAUUUCUCAAUCUCAUAUCUGCUCCCCAAGGAGUGCAUAUGGUCUGUAAAAGUUUCCCGAGAAUAAAAAUUGUGACCUCUGAAAUUGAAACUGGUUUAAAUAAAGAUUUCCGUGUCAUCCCGGGAAUGGGCGAAUUCGGGGAUAGAUAUUUUGGCACAGAUGACGAAUGACCGGGCAGGAGGCAAUCAAUUCUCACCGCCGAUUUCAGAAAAUAUGAGGUUGAAUAUUGCAAAUGAUAAUCAAGGAUGCCUGGUAGUCUGCUGAUUUGUUUCACAUGGGAGGCUCAGCAUCAGUGAAUGUUCUUGCCUCUAUUAAUUAUACUUCAAAAACUUUUACAUAUACACCUCUCAAUUUUGUUACUGAGGUUGCACCCAGCACAUUGUGGCAAGAUCUAUAGUUGAAAUGUUGAAGGGAGCAAAUGAGGCCCUAGAAGCUAGCAUGAUGGUACACAAGCAGCCAAAAUGCGCAUCUUACAAGAAUCAUAAUCAUAUAUCAUGUUGUAAUAUUUCUUGUCAUAGCCACAUUUGAUUUUACUUGAAACUCAUUUUGACACCCCUUGAGGUGUUUGUCACUGAUUGACAGAAGAUUAUUAAACCAGUAUCAAAUCAAUUUUCUCUUUGUUUUUAA